AUGAGUGCCUCUGUGCUGUCCUUCAUCCAACUCUUUCAAGCCAUUGGUUCUGGUUCUCCCGACCUUCCCAGCUCCGGGUCUCUGGUUCUGAUCCUGACUCCGCAUUCCUGCUCCGUGGACGGGUGCAUAGACUGGUCAGUGGAUCUAAAAGAGUACCACGUUCUGGCAGGAGAACCUCUGCGGGUCAAAUGUGCUCUGUUCUACAGCUACAUCAGAACUAACUACAGCACGGCCACUAACGCCAAGCUACGGCUCAUCUGGUACAGGAACAAGGGCGACGCAGAGGAGCCGAUCAUCUUCUCUGGUCACAGACUGAGCAAAGAAGAUGACUCCAUUUGGUUCCGAUCUGCAGAGCUGGAAGAUACGGGCUUCUACACCUGUGUGCUCAGGAACUCGACGUACUGCAUGAAGGUGUCAAUGCACAUGACGGUGGAAGAGAGCGAUGAGGGAAAGUGCUUCAGUUCAAAGAUCAGACACUUGGAGAAGGCCGAAGUCACUCACAGCAAGAUGAUCACCUGUCCAGACAUAGAGGACUACCUGGCCCCCUACAAGCAGCCUAGCAUGGCCUGGUACAAGGAGUGUGAGCGUGUGGAGUUCCGGAGCUCCAUCGUAAUGAACAACACCCACAUCUGGAUCCCCACGGUGGAGGAGGGCGACGGAGGCAACUACACCUGCGAACUACAGUACGGCUCUAGGUUGGUGAGGAGGACCACACAGCUCAAAGUCACAGCUCUUCAAACCACUCAGCCUCCGAAGGUGCUGUUUCCUCCAGAGAGACAGGACACCUAUAUUGAGAUCACUCCAGGUUUGCCCCUGACUCUGGACUGUAAGGCGUUCUUCGGAUACAGCGGAGAAAACCGGCGUCCAAUCAUUUACUGGAUGAGAGGAGACAAGUUUGUGGAAGAGCUCGCCGGGCACAUCAAGGAGAGUGAAGUCAGGCUGCUUCGGGAGCACUUGGGGGAGAAGGAGGUGGAGCUCUCCCUUAUCUUCGACCACGUGGACGAGACCGAUCUGAACAACUACACCUGCUAUGUGGAGAACGGCAUCGGGAGGAGAGGAGGGAGCGCUGUGCUGCUCAAGAAAGCUGAGUACAUGUACAGAUUGGAGUUGGCGGGUGGUCUUGGGGUGAUCCUGGUUGUCCUGGGGGUCCUCACAGCUCUGUACAAAUGCUACAACCUGGAGAUCCUACUCUGCUACAGGAGGCACUUCGGCAGUGACGAGACAGAAGAUGAUAAUAAAGAGUAUGACGCCUACUUGUCCUACACCAAAGUGGACCUGGACAACAUCGGACGUCCCAGCAGUGAUGAAGAGACCUUUGCUCUGGAGAUCCUCCCUGAUGUUCUGGAGAAGCACUAUGGAUACAAGCUGUUCAUCCCCGAUAGAGACCUCAUUCCCAGCAGCACGUACAUUGAGGACCUGGCUCGUAGCGUUGAACAGUCCCGCAGGCUCCUCCUUGUUCUCACGCCAGAGUUCGUGGCCAAACGCGGUUGGAGCAUUUUCCAGAUCGAGACACGCCUCCACGCCAUGCUGGUCACCGGGGAGAUCAAGGUGAUCAUGAUUGAGUGUCCAGACCUGAAGAACGUCAUAAACUUUCAGGAGAUCGAGGCGCUAAAACACACUAUCAAGCUCCUGACCAUCAUCAAAUGGAGAGGUUCCAAAAGUAACGACUUGUCUUCAAAGUUCUGGAAGCAGUUGGUGUACGAGAUGCCAGCCAAGCGCAGAGAGACGCUGUCCAGAAGACAGGUGAUGGACGCUGGGGAGCAGGGUCUGUUCGGAGACCUUCAGACCACUGUCUCCACCAUCGCCAUGACAACGACCUCUGCCUCUCUGGCCCCGCCCAAUGACACUCAGCACGGCCAUCACCAGGUUGCCUUGGCAGCAGAGAUCCCAGACUAUAACCAGAUGACCUUACCUCUAGGGGGCGGGCACACUACGGCAGCCCAGAUGAGGCAUUUCUGUCGCAGUUAUGAGUUUCAGUUGCCCACACAGGCCCCACCCCUGACUCCGCCCCUCGCCCCGCCCACUACAGUGCAGUUCUCCACUCUGGGCCCCGGAGGGCGCCACGUGUACUGCAACAUCCCCAUGACUCUGCUGAACGGACAGGUGCCCAAGAGCAAUACACUUGGCAAGAAACCCAACGUCCACAUGAACAGCACGUUUAUCCCCCUCACCAACAGAGAACUAAGCUCUGACAUCUGGUAG